CGCCUCGUCAAGUUCGCUCUGCCUCCUUUCUCUCUGGUCCGCGUCAGUCCUCCGUCUCCCAUAUCGAUCGAAGCUCAAAUCUCCACACAAUGGCCUCUAUCGACCUCCCCCCAGAGCUCCCCACAGCAACCAAGACCCUAACAGCCCAGUGCUACUGCAAAGCCACCCACUUUACCAUCACAGUCCCCUCCUCCGCCCUCCCCCUCCCCGUCCACCUCUGCCACUGCUCCAUCUGCCGCCAAACCCACGGCACCCUCUCCAGCUUCCACGCGCCCCUCCCCGCAGGCAUCGAGCCGACCUUCAUCCCCCCCUCCUCCCUCGCAGCCUCCCUAACCGGCUACCUGCACUCCCCCUCCGCCCUCAGCACCCGCUACUUCUGCCGCACCUGCGGCUGCCACGUCGGCGACGCGGACACCGAACCGGACCCGCACACGGGCAAGGCGGAGUGGCGCGUCGCGACCUCUGUCUUCGACUCCCAGGAGCACUUCGUGAUCCGCUCGCACGUCUACACGCGCGGCCACGGCACCGGCCUGCACGACUGGCUGCCGCGCCUGGGCGGCGAGGAGGCCGUGCGCGUCUGGAACCCCGACCGCGACGAGAUCCCGUCGGGCCCGCCGCCGCGGGCGGAGUCCGACGCCGAGGGGAACGAGCGCCUGCGCGCCGAGUGUCGGUGCGGCGGGGUGUCGUUUACGAUUCCGCGGCCGAAUGCGCCGGGGGUGGAGGCGGCGAGGGAGUUUGUGAGCCCGACGCAUGCUGACAGGUGGGUCGCGACGUUGGACUUGUGUGAUGAUUGCAGGCUCGUGGGCGGGGCGCAUGUUACGGGGUGGAUGUUUGUGCCCGGUGCAGUGACGGAGCCGAGGAUCGGGAUCGGGGGACCGCAGGGGUUGGAGGUGGGGGAUGGGACGCUGCGGACGUUUCGGUCGAGUGAGGGGAUCGCCAGGGGGUUCUGUGGGGUGUGUGGGGCGACGGUGUUGUUUGCUUGCGAGGAGCGGGCUGGGGUUGUGGAUGUUGCGGUUGGGGUGUUGAGGGCGCCGGAGGGGGUUGCGGCUGAGGGGUGGCUUACAUGGAGGACGGGGCGGGUGGGUUAUUAUGAGAGCGGGGAGAGGUAUGAUCCGGUGUUUGCGAAGGCGUUGAAGGAGGGAUUUGAGGAGUGGGGGGUGAAGACGUAUGGGGAGUUGCUGGAUUUCAAGAUUGGGUGAGAUCAGGAGCAGCCUGGAUAUCUAUUGAUUGAUUAUUUGUCAAGGCUUCAAAUUGCUCAUUCCCAGCAGAUCAUUCUUCGUAACACUGUUCUAUCAUAAACAGCAGCUGAGCCGACUUGCAACUAA